AGUCGCACGAUCGGUCGCCUCCCGUCGUCGAUAAUAAUACGGCUGAAUCUGUUAUGAAUUGAUCGUGAGAAACAUGUCAAUUAAUCUGACGAAAAACAAAGAUGCCUUAGUGGCCGCUUGGCACAGCGUGGUCGACGAUAAGUUGUCUACUAACUGCUAUUGGGCUUACAGUGUUGGAUCGAAGUGUUCGUACGCUUGCCCCGCAAGCUUUAUUAUUUCACGGCUGUGUUUGGAUAUGAAGGACAGACAAAUAACUUAAAAGUAGUUGGGACAGGAGAUGGAGGAUUGGAAGAGAUGAUUGAUCGAUUGAGUAGUAGUCAUAUUAUGUAUGCAUUUUGUAAAGUUAUUGAUACUAAAACAAGUCUACCAAAAUGUUUGCUCAUUAAUUGGCAGGGAGAAGGUGCUCCAAUUGUUAGAAAAGGAACAUGUGCAAAUCAUAUUAGAGAUGUAGAACGAUUGUUGAAGGGCGCGCACAUAACGGUAACUGCGCGCUCCGAAGAUGACGUAGAAGUAGAUGUGAUCAUGGAAAAACUUGCACGUGCGACAGCUUCUGCGUAUAAAUUUAAUGAGCCCCGUGGCGACAAUGAAGGACACACAGGUCCUAUUGGAACAACAUAUCGCAGAGUAAUUCCGGAACAGGAAAUAAAUGCAACGGAAAGAGAUCAGUUUUGGCAAAAGGAAGAGAUGGAGGAGAAAAAGAGACUGGAGCAAGAACGAAUUCGUUGCGAACAAGAACGACAAAGGCUAGAACGAGAAAUUAGAACUCGUGAGGAGAAGGAGGCGCAAUUGAGGGAGCAACAGGUAACCGCCAAGGAAAAUACAAUCGCGCGACAAAAGUUGGCGGAACAACGUGCCGAAGAGGCGAAUAACUUGCGCAAUCAAUUGGCCGCGAGUCAAAACUACAGCAACGACGUCGAGGACGAUCAUAAAUCACGAAGCGAAGAGCUACGGAGGCAGAGGAGCAAAGAGACUCAACAGUUGAUAGCUCAAAGAACGAUUAAUGCCAGAGCCGUGUUCGAGCAGAACUCGGCGGCCGGUCAGAUGAAGACAACAUCGGCCCAACAACAGUUUAUGCCCAAGAGCAAUCACGUAGAGUCCGUGAGAAAAGCGUUGGAAGAGGCUCAAAUAAAAGAGCAACAAUCUCCGGACGCGAAGCCUCGCGAGGAAGAGCCGGCCGAGGCGAAGAAACCUGCGAACGUGGAAACAGUGACGAUUUACUCAUCGGCAGUGCCUCCUCAGUCGCAAAAUACUACCAGCCAGGAGACGAAAGCGACCAAUCCGCAAGCGGAAUCUACGCAAGCCGCCGAGACUAAAGAGGAAAUCACGGAGAAUGAAUUGUACAAUCCGUUGGAUGGCCCGUAUUUGUACUUCGAUCCGAACAACGAGGGUAUGAAGGCCAGAGCGUUGUACGAUUAUCAAGCCGCGGACGACACGGAGAUCACUUUCGAUCCGGGUGACAUAAUCACGCACAUAGAUGCCAUCGACGAGGGCUGGUGGCAAGGGCUCGGCCCUGACGGCACUUACGGACUCUUUCCCGCUAAUUAUGUCGAAGUUAUCGAGUAUCACAACCCGACAUGAUAAGAUGCGUGUUGCUCGACGGAGAGAUUUGAUUGGGGUCGUUGUUUUUCCGUUUCCUCUGUCCGCAUAAAGCCGCUUGCAUGUAAAAACCGAUAAAUCGCGCGUUCGCACUUCCGACGCGACAAAUGCCGCUUCAUUUCUAGAUAUAAACCACACGCUGAACCACAUGUGACGUAAACCAGCAAUUCCGAACGAUUAGAGAGUGUCUUUCGCAACGUGCCGUGCACUCCAAACGGCUAGAUGUUUUUGGAGAUGUGCUUAGGGUGUCUAACGGUUAAGAUGCACGCCCCUGUAACGCGUUUUGCGCCUUCCACUGUCUAAUCCUCGAGAAGUAUACAUAUAUAUACAUACACAUAUAUAUAUAUAUAUAUAUAUAUGUAUAUAUAUACACCAGUUAAUAUUUUAAUUAGUAAGAUCUCGGAAGCCAAUUCAAAUGUUAAUCCUGACUGCGGCGAAGCAUCCGUCUUCCCGAGAGGUUUUACAGAUUUUAUCCAGUAACUAACCGGUACGUUACAUAAAUAUAUCUUUUUAUAUCAUUCUAUAUAUCAGACGCCGAUGUAGCAAUAGUUGUGACGCAUUUUUUGACAAGUAGGAAAGAAAAGAAAGGAAUAAAGAAACUGUGUCACCACGGUAUCGUAAUAGUUACUUAAGCAUACAACCAUUUUUAGAACAAUAAAUACCAUAAUUGUAAUUAUAGUAUAACUAUUAAUACUAUAAUUUGUUACAGUACUUUGUUUAAUAAUACGAAGAAUUUAGCAUUAAAGUACCCACACGUACGUGAC